AUGCCGCCCAAGAGGUGCACCCGGAGCGUGCCCCUCGUCGACGGGCCGGUGCGCUUCGACGGCGCGGCCUCCGUGCAGCCCUGCGGCGACUUCUGGCGGCCCUGGCGCCUGGACCUGGGCCUGAAAGACCUCUAUCACCCGCAGCUGCUGCACGCCGCCGCCGUCGCCAGCGGCGUCCGGCUCGCGUUCGCGUCCGACGCCGACGCGCUGGAGCUCGACUACACGCACGCGUCGAUCUUCCACGGCUGCGCCUUCGACCUCGUCGUCGACGGCCGCGUCAUCACGAAGCGCGUGCCCGCCGUCGCGCCGCUGCCGCCGGGCCUCACCGGCGACGAGAAGCGGUCGGUGAUGGAGUCGCACCCGUGCGCCGCGCGGCCGCCGCGCGCGACGGUCGCCUGGUCCGGCCUCGGCGCUUCCGGUCGGACGCGCCGCUUCGAGCUCUGGCUCCCCCACGCGACCGUGGUCCGCUACCACGCGCUCCGCGUCGACGCCGGGGCCUCCGUGGAGCCCGCCGUCGACGAGCGGCGCCGCUUCGUCGUCUACGGGAGCUCGAUCACGUCCUGCGCCGAAGCGAGCAGCCCGUCGAGGACCUGGCCGGCGAUCGCGGCGAACUCGACCGCGGGCCUGCACCUCGUGAACCUCGGCUUCGCGGGCGGCUGCCACCUGGACCCGUUGGUCGCGCGGGCCAUCGCCGGCGCGCGCGCGGAUUUCGUCGUCUUGGAGCUCGGCAUCAACGUCUUCGACGCGAAGAGCUUCUCGGAGCGUAGCUUCGAGGCCGCCGUCCUGGGCUUCAUCCUCAACGUGAGGGACGGCCACCCGACGGCGCCGCUGCUCGUCGUGAGCCCCAUCUGGGCCGCGGGCCGCGAAACCCAGAAGCGCGCGCUGGGCCUGCCCGCGAUCCGCGCGGUCCUCGCGAAGCUCGUCGAGAAGCUCCGGCACCGCGGCGACGCCAACGUCCACUACCGCUCGGGCAUCGACCUCUUCGGCGAGGCCGACGAGGCGGACCUCGUCGACGGCGUCCACCCGAGCGCCGCGGGCUACGAGCGCAUCGCCGCGCGGUUCGAGCGGCUCGCUUUCGGCGUUGGCGGGUGUUUUGAGCAGGAGCCGCCGGUCGCAGAGCGCUUCAUGGCGCUCUCAUCUCUAGUCGACGGGUUUCUCGACGGCCGGUCCCCCGACGGCGUUUCUUUGCGGGCGGCGGGCGCGAUCGCGUCGACGUGCCGCGAGGCGCGGGUCGGCGCGAGCGACUCCCUCGUCACGUACGGCGGCGAGCUCAUGCGCGCGGCGACCUCGCAGCUCGUCACCGGGGUCACGCCCCCGCGCGCGGUGUCGAUGUGCGUCCUGCGGGAGGCCUUCAAGUCGCCGGCGCUUCGGGCGACGGCCGAGGACCUCAAGGCGACGGUCGCGAAGCCGCUGCUCGCGCUCCUCACGGCGCCUGAGGUCAAGUGCGACGAAAAGAUCCAGGGGGGACGAGCACGGGGGGCACCCUGUGACCAAUGCCUGUGCCGGCUGAGAGCGCUGCGCGCGCUGCGAGCGGUCCACGACGUGCCGACGGACCCGAGCGUUUCCAAGCUCAUCCUCGAGGGCGUGGCUUCGGCGUUUCUGGGCAACUCGCAGCAUCUGCGGGAACUGCUCUAUCUGAAGAUGCAAAUUCAAAAUAUUGCGGACGAGAGCGCGGAGCGACGCGAGAAGAUCAUGUCGCGGCGGAAGCGCAACGAGGACACCGUCGGCGACCCCUCGCGGACCGCGGAGUCGGCGGCGGCGGCCGAGGAGGCGCUCUUGGAAAUGCUCGACGACGAGGAGCAGGAGGCGUCGAAAAAGCAUAAGAAGAAGCAGAAGAAGAAGCAGAAGAAGAAGGGCCCGGCGCCCGGCCGCGCCACGGGGCGGCUCGACUCCUGGGUCAAGACGCGCGGCUACGGCCUCAUCGCGCCUGAUCACGGCAGCGAAAAAAUCUUCGUGCACGCUUCCGCCUUGAAGGCGUUUGGCACGAAAGACCUUUCGAGCUUCGUGGGAACGCGCAUGAGCUACGACACCGGAACUCGGCAGAACAAGCCAAUCGCGCUCGACGUCCGGCGCGAAGGCGCGCCCGCGCCGCCGCCCGCGCGCGCCGCGCCGCCCGCGCGCGCCGCGCCGCCGCCGCCCGCUCGUCCCGCGCCGCCGCCGCGCGACGACGACGUGCCCGAGGAAUUCCUCUGCCCCAUCACCUUCGAGAUGAUGACGGACCCGGUCAUCGCGGCGGACGGCCACACGUACGAGCGCCGCGCGAUCGAGGCGUGGUUCUCGCGCGCGCGCACGUCGCCGGUGACGAACGAGCCCCUGGAGCACCUCCACCUCAUCCCGGCCCACACGAUCCGAUCGACGCGGGCCCUCUCGGCUUCGUCGCUGGGCUUCGUCCUGGCGCACAGCUACGACUACCACAAGCUGCUCGACGAGAGCGCGGAGGACGUCGACAUCGUCAAAAACGUCAAAAAGCUCUCGCGUAAACUCGACGCGAUCCUGGGCGACGCCGCCGUCCUCCAAUCCGCGUCCGCGAUCUCGACGACGUGCCGCGUCGCGCGGGCCGGCUGCCAACCCUCGCUCGCCCUUCGCGGGACCGAGCGCAUGCGCGCGGGCGUGAACCGGCUCGUGGCGGGGAAAGAGUCCCUGCCGAGGAAAGAGCCCCUGCCGAAGGACCUGCGCUUCCUGCGGGCGGCGUUCGCGAGCCCGGCGCUCCGGAAGGCGUCCGAGGAGCUCAAGGCGCGCGUCGCGAAGCCGCUGCUCUCCAUCGUCCUCUUGACCAGCGGCGGGGAGCUCACCUAUCAGGACGUCAAGUCGUCGCUGGCGUCGUCUAUUUAA